GGUUUUAAUUGUCAAAAUUGAAGGUCAAUAGAAUUAAAACUAAACAUACUUGAUAGUUGUAGCUAUACAUUCCGAACAAAUAUUGAUUUAACUUAUAAUACGUAAAAUAUUGGAAUUUAAAAGAAAUAGUGAUUACCAUGGACAAUUUAAGACUAUAUUUGGUUACUUAUAACGUUGGAACGAGUUCUCCAGAUCAAGAUUUAAAAGAAUUAUUGUCGAUUACUGAUCACAAAAAUGAUAAACGUCCAGAUUUUUUUAUCCUAGCUUUUCAAGAGGUUAAAGCACAACCCCAAAAUAUGUUGAUGGACACUUUAUUUGAUGAUCCCUGGACUUUUGCAAUCAAAGAUCUUCUGCACAAAGAUUAUAUCAAAUUAAAAGCAUGUAGGCUUCAAGGGCUGCUAUUACUAACAUUCUGUUUGAAAAAACAUCUUUUGAAUAUCAGGGAGAUGGAUACAGAGUAUACCAGAACUGGUUUAGCAGGAAUGUGGGGAAACAAAGGUGCUGUAUCCAUAAGAUUAAAUCUAUAUGGUUGUUCAAUUUGCAUUGUAAACUCCCAUCUAAGUGCCCAUGAUAACCAUUUAGAUGAUAGGGUAGAAGAUUAUAAUAGUAUCAUCAAUGAUCAAGAAUUCCAUGUACCUGAAACUUCAAAAAUAUUUUACCAUGACUACGUAUUUUGGAUGGGAGAUCUUAAUUUUCGCUUAAAUGAAGAAUUCGACAGAACUCCAGAAGAAAUUGAAAGGUUAAUAGUGAAGAAAGAAAUUAAAGCUUUGUUUGAACACGAUCAACUUAGACAUGUGAUGAAGAAAGGAGAAGCUUUCAGUGAACUUACUGAACAAGAUCCGACGUUUCCUCCCACGUUCAAGUUUACAGUGGGCACUCCUACUUAUGACUACAAAAGACGGCCAGCAUGGUGUGAUAGAAUACUGUAUCGAGUUAAUUCAAAUAAUUAUGAAAAUAUAACUCUAAAAGCAGAACAACUUACAUACAGGUCCCAUCCCAAUUAUUCUCUUAGUGAUCACAAGCCUGUUUCUGCUGAAUUCAUUAUUAAGAUUCCACAACCAGUAUCAAAAAUGCCGAAGGUACAAAUAGAUUCACAACCAUGUGUUGAUCAGGUAUUUUCAGAUUACUAUGAAUCUGUGAUUGAAUUUGACAAGAUCACAUGUUGGGACGUCGAAGGAGAGAAUAAGGCAUACUACAGGCUUACAAAAGGCAUUCAAGAAAACAGUGAGGAUUGGAUAGGACUGUUUAAGGAAAAUUUCUGUGCAUUGGAUGAGUAUGUAACCUAUGAAUAUGUCAGUAAAUGUUCAACACCAACAGACGAUAGCAGCAAGAGCGGCAGUAGUAAAACUCAAGAUACGAAGAAAUAUGAAAUAACAUUUCCGGAUUUACCUAACAGAUUCAAAGGCAAUUAUUGUCUUUUAUAUUUCAGUCAAAACGAAGAUAAAGUCACUAGUGUGUUAGGUAUAAGCAACGUAUUUCCUAUUGUUAAAGCAGACAGUGACUAGAAUAUCGAUAUAAAAAAUGAGAACCAAUGUACGUCAAAAUAUAGUUUUAAUGUUACUUAAGGGGUAACACCCGGUUUUUGAGGAUGAUUAUUGGAAUUUUUCUUUUUCAGAUAAACGUUAAUUCAGAUUAAAAUUUACUUAGAUGACUUCAUUAUACAUGUUUUUAUUAAUUUUUAGAAAGAAAUUGAAAACAAAAUCUCAAUACAGAGCUAUAAGAGGAAUAUUCCACUACCACCAACUUUUCGUCGUAAAUCAAGUUUUUUCUUAAUGUUUCAACUAGAAGCAAGAAAAGUACUAGGGGUUUCAAAAAAUAUUGAAUUUUAACAAUAUGGCGGAAGUUCGAAAAAAUAAAAAAUCGAUGGGAAAAUAAAAGUUUUCAAUUUAUUAAUAAAACUAUAAGUAGUUUCCUAGAAAAUAAUGUUCUUAAGCUUCUGUCAAUGUUUUUAUUCAAUCGGAUCAAAAUUGGAUGAAUAAUUGUCUACAAGCAUAAUCUCACUAGUGCCAUCUAUAGGUAGCCUAUAAAAAUAGUCGCUAAGGGAUAUCUGAGGCGGAUAAACAUUUCUGAGCGAAGGGCGCGCCGCCUGCGUCCGAUCGUGUAGAGAGAUACCUAACGUCUGAUGCUCAUAACACCGAGAAAUUUGUUUUUUUCGAAAAAUCAUUUGAGGACGUCAUUUGUGACAUAAUUUCCUACCAUUUCAGCUAUAAAAUAGAUUUUGACUUCUUGAAAUUUUUACAGUGGUGUUACCCCUUAACUGAACCGAAUUGCAUAUGAAAAGUUAGUACAUGUACUUCAUUUUUGUGUAUGAGUGAAAUGAAUAAGUAAGUGUAGAUGAAACGGGUACUUAAUUAUAAAAUGUUUUUCAAAGGAGAGAAAGAACAAAAAGGUUACUGAACGAGAUGUUGUAUUGGCAGCUUUCACAUGCAUAAGCUUUUAUUUUAUUAUUUUUAUAUAUAUUGUAUGUGUAAUUGUGUCUCUGCGUAGGUUCUAGGAUGAUUCAAAAAGAUUUGUUAAUUUUUUCAACAAGGGACAUAGAAAAAUAGGAUUGCAGUUUUUAAUUUUUUCUCAGUACAAUAAAAAACUCAUACCUCAUCAUUGAUUUUACAGAAAAAUGUUCUUGUAGAAUUUUGUAGAAAAUUUAUUGCUCUGCAAAAACAUAUUUGAUAUUUUUUUGUGUAAACUACACCGUUUGAAUGAUAUUUAAGAUUUAAGUUUGAUUAUUUUGAGACAAAUGCAUUUUUGUUUAUGACUUGAAAAUAAAUUACUAUUAUAAAUUGUAUUAUUAUAAAAAAUAAUUGCUGUAUAAAUAUUGCGCCUUAUGUUUUGGCGAUUAAAUUAAGUAACAUAACCCAACCUAAUUCAACAUCAAACUUCCAUGUGUAUUGAUUUUAAGAGUUUAAUUUAUAAGUUUUGAGAAAAUUUUAACCAAUUUUAGUUUCAGCAACUGAGAAACUAUCAACAUUAAAAAAAAUAAAUUGUACUUUAACGAUUAGUUUAUUAUUUAUUAAUAAAAUAGCAAAGUUUGCAUUAUAAAUAUGUUAUGUUUCAGUUUUAGAGAAAAAAAAAUGUCCAAUUAGUUAUAAAAAAAUUUUUUAUUUCAAUUUUAGUUUUAGGUUUAAGUUAUUCAUUUCAAAACAAUUUUUAUAUACUUAUAUUAAUGAAAAAAAAGAGAGAAUUUAUAUGAAAUUCAAAGAUUAGAUUAUUUUAUGAAAAAAGUUAAGAACGGCGUUUAGGGAACACACAGACCUUUACGAUACACAACUUGGUGAUUAUAUGAAGCCAAAACUGAAGAAUCGGAUUUGGGAUGAUAUUGUAAAUGAUUUACAUUUAAAAGAUGUCAUGUCGGAUAAUCUCAUGUACUAAAACUAAAGGAAACUAGUUUCGAUUCAUUUGGAAAUAAUUAGCAAAAUCAGUAUCACUCAUUUUAAUCCACUGCCUUUUCUCUUUAAUAGAAUAAAUUUAUUAGGCGAUUUAAAUUUCUUCCUCAUCAAGAAAUAAAACAUUUCCUCCUCAGCAUCAUUCGAUUCUGAUUCAGAACUUGAGUUGAAUAACAAAAAUUGUUUUGUUCGAUUGUCAAAAUUAUCGAGACAUUUUUUGAUGUAGGCUAGUUGCGAGCUGCCAAUCAAAUCCAAACCACACAGUUCCCUAUUUGAAUUGGGAACAGGUGUCUUAAUAUGCGGACCACCACACAACACGUGUAGCAUGUCCGAGUCUUGUCACGCUACCUCAUACGUGCUAUACGUGUCCUAAUUUGCGCUUUUACUUAAUAUCAGUACACGUGUAGUGCAAGUUUGAUGAUGAAUAUCUUUUAAACGCUUAAUUUAAUCGCCAAAAUACUAUUUUUAUAAAGCAGUUAAUUUCCUACAAAAAUUUGUAUCACGUAUUUUUUAUAGACUCAAAAUAAUCAAAUUUAAAUCUUCAAUAUCAUUUGAUUGGUGACGUUUACGGAAAAAAUAUCAGGUACCUUUUGAGAGGUGCAUUUUUUCUAUUCGACUAAGAAAAAAAUGAAAAACUGCGAUGUAGAGGAUGUGGCGGCUUUUAUGAGGAAGAGCUGCAGGUUACGCCCGUGUAUGAAGCAAAAACUCAUCCGAUUUUAUGAUCUGACACUAUUUAAACGGAAGAUUUUUUUAUUCUCCAUUCACAUUCUAAAUGAAUUAAAUUUCUUGGACAUAAUCCAGAAAAUUAAUUUAUGUGAAAGUAAGUAAACUUCAGCUGAUUUGGUUUAAGUAUAUUAUACUCUUUAAUUGUAAUUAAUUUAAUUGUUGAAGAAACAACAAAUAAGCCAUAGUCUAUUUUUAAAAAAAAUUGAAUUAUAUCGUGCAUUGGUUUUCAAUAUGCAAGUAUUUUAUUGAUAAUUAACAUUAGUUGAAUAAGGGUAGUUAAAGUUGGUGGAAAUAACAGGUUCAGACGUGGCAAGCUUGUCCAAUACACAGUGAUAUCUUCAAUUAAAUGAUAAAUAUAUUUACUAUUUAAUUAUGCAUUUGGAAAAUGAAUUAAAAAACAAUUUCAAUUUGAAAAAAAUAUUAGCAUAAAUUUGAAAAUAAAUAAUAGCUCACUUUGGAGUUUGAACAGUUUUUAUUUUAUAAAGUUGUGAACAAUUUCAGGUUAUUUUCAUAUUUUUCUGUUUCUGUUUCCGUUUCUCGCACCAUGGUCAAAACGAUAGGAAUUAUUGUCGUUUACAUAUACAAUACAUGUCAGACAAUCUUUUGCAUAAAUUAUUUAUUGAGUUAAAAUAACCCGAUAGUUAAUUUAAAAAACCUAAAAUUAUAUUUUUUAUGUUAUGACAAUCAAAAUUUGCAAGAAUUUAACAGGACAAACAAUUGUAAUUAUAAGGACAAUGUCAGGUAUGCUAUAAAGAUUAUUUAUCGCAAUUUCAGGUAAUUUUCAUCUCUCUGUCAUCUAGGAUCAUAGUCAGAACCAUUUUGUCCUUUAUAUAUCCAUAACAUUCGUCAGGAAAAAAUUCAUUUCGUCAGACAUAUUCUUCAUUGGAUAGAGUUUCUUCCUCUGGUUCUAAUUCAUGGAUGCCUUGAAAGAAAGGACACCACCCAUUUGCAUUGAACUGUUCAAUUGUAGGACAUUCGCGAUCUAACUAACAUUUCUAUAUACCUUUACAAGUAGAUAAUGCAUCAUUUAUUUUGAAAAAGAUGGCUAUUCAGUAACAUAUUUCGUGUGACUAUUCUUAAUUUUGAGGUAACAACUAGCACUACGAAACGAAAAUCUGUACCAAACUUCAAAUCCAAAGGGAAACAGCCGAAAACCAAUUGAGCCAGUCUGUAUCAAAAUCUAUAUGCAGCCAUUUUUUAUUGGCAUUAAUAAAGUAAUUAAAUACCGAUGUGCAAUUUAUAAUAAAAUAUAAUGUAACGUUGUUUGCUAUCAAAUUUUGUGACGUUCCGUUUUCACUGAAUAACUAGAAUUUAAUACGAGGGUUGCUUGAGAGUUUCGGACUUCCAAAGGAACCGUUUUUUCAACACAGUCACUUUGUAAGUCCAUACACUCUUCUGAAAAAUUAAAGUCCUCGUCUUAUGAAAUUUCUCUCCCCGCGAAAAAUAAUUCUAGCGGGGAAUAGACUUAUACGAUUGUCAAGCAGAAACUAAGCGUUCAAAAUGGAUGAAAUUUUAUUGAAAAUUUAUUUCUCCAACAAUUAUAGACACAAAGGAUUGUUCACUUCUCCAAUUUUGUUUGUGUAAAUUGAGUCUAAAGAAUAUUUAGGUUUUGAAAAUUUAAAAAUAUAUUAUUUUAGUUAAUGGUUCUAAAUUUUAUUAAAUUCAGGUCUCUUCUAAUUUAAAAUUUGAAAUAAUUUUAAAAGAAACUAAUUUUAUUUCCGAAGAGACCUAAAAUCAAAAAAAUUUAGAACCAUAAAUAUAACAAAAGGACUAAGAAAUAAGAAAUUAAAGAAAUUUGUUUUAGUUAUUUAAUUAAAUAUUUGUAAUGAAGAGCUUCAAUCUGAAACAAAUAAUGGAUUGAAAAAAAAACAUAUUAAAAAGCAUAAUUAGAAUAACCAGCAAUUUUCAAAAUGUGAAUAAAUUUAAACCUAAAAAAUAUUAAGUAUCCGUAUUGUCUGUACCCAAAUAUUAAUAUAAUAUUUUAGAAUAUUUCAAAACAUCCUUCUUCAGUUAAGAAUUUUUUUCAACUUCUUUAAUUCACUUCCUUCACGAUCAUCACUGCUUUUUCUUUUCAGAUUUUUAUUUUUUUUUUUAGCUUUAAUUUCAUUUGCAAAUUGGCCGAAAACUCCGGUACCAAAUCUAAGUGAAUUUACCUUUGCAUAUCAAACUUAGUUAUCAAAAUAAAACAAAUUAAUUCACGCAAUUGACAGUCUAAAACUCGUAAAAUGUUUAUUUGUUCAAAUCAAACCACGCUAAAAGGAUUAUACGUCAACUGAAUGUCAACAAACAAUUUAGCACCGAUGGUGACUUCAGAUGACUUAUCAACGGACUUCUAUCCCUUCCAAAAUUUAUAACACAGGUUAAAUAGAACUGAGCAAUCCUUUGUGUCUAUAAUCGCUGAUAUUUCCCAACUUAUAUUGAUAAGUGCUGACAUUUUUAGGUUGAUGUAGAAGAUAUUGAUCACUAUAUUAAAACAUAGUGGAUAUACAUUAAAUAGAAGUAUUUGUUUUAGUACAAUUAUUUUAAAUUCACACAAAUAUAAUUUUUUAAAUGAGAAA